CCUCUCACAGCCAUGCCGCAGGUCCACGCUCCCGCCGCACCCACGGCACCCUUCCCGCAUGCCGCAUCGCUGCGCAUCGGCAUCGUGCACGCGCGCUGGAACGGCGCCUGCAUCGACGCCCUCGUCGAGGGCUCGCUCAAGGCACUCACCGCCGCUGGCGUGCAGCGCGACAACAUCGUCGUCGAGAGCGUGCCGGGCAGCUGGGAGCUGCCGCACGCCACCGCACGGAUGAUCGCCGCGGCGCAGACGCAGGCCUCAUCGGCUGCGACAGAUCUCAUGUCUGCCACCUCGCUGCUCGAUCCCUCGAGCACACCAAGCAGCACCUCAUCCGCGCCCUCUGCGCCCUUCGACGCCGUCAUCUCCAUCGGCGUCCUCAUCAAGGGCAGCACGAUGCACUUCGAGUACAUCUCUGACGCCUGCGUGCACGGCCUCAUGCGCGUCGGGCUCGACUCCAACACGCCCGUCAUCCUCGGCGUGCUUACCGCGCUGACGCAGGAGCAGGCCGAGCAGCGCUCGGGCAUUGGAAAGGACGCGCACAACCACGGCGAGGACUGGGGCAGCGCGGCGGUCGAGAUGGCGAGCAAGACAAAGGACUGGGCAGCGGGCAAGUUCUCGGCCCAGCAGAAGUAGGCGCAGGGCCGGGAGGAGAGAAAGGAAGCCAAAUGUGACGGAUGUACAAUUGCAGCUAGGGCACUAGGUGCACGACGUGCGCCCGUAGCGCCUCGUCAGCUGGCAGCAGCACGAGCGAGGCCGCAUCAAGCGGCCAGCCGAGCGGCGCCGGCGUCCAGUCC